AUGUCAACAGAUACAGCUUCAGUUCACCCUGUCUCAUAUGUCGGUUUUGAUACUAUUACAAGCCAGAUCGAAAACCGUUUAUUGAAGAAAGGGUUUCAAUUCAAUAUUAUGGUUGUCGGCCAUUCUGGUUUAGGUAAAAGUACAUUGUUGAAUACAUUGUUUGCUUCCCAUUUGAUUGACUCAAGUACCGGUGAUGACAUUACAAAUUUGCCAAUUACAAAGACUACUGAGAUUAAAGUCUCUACGCAUGUUUUGCAAGAAGAUAGAGUUCGUUUGAACAUUAGUGUCAUAGACACACCAGGUUUUGGUGAUUUCAUUAAUAAUGACAGAGCUUGGGAGCCAAUUGUUAAAUAUAUCAAGGAACAACACUCUCAAUAUUUGCGUAAAGAAUUGACGACUAACCGUGAUAGACACAUUCCAGACACCAGAGUCCACGCUGUUUUAUACUUUGUUCAACCAAACAGUAAAGGCCUAACUCCAUUAGAUGUCGAGGCUUUAAAAAAAUUGACUGAAAUUGCUAACGUCAUUCCAGUUAUUGGUAAAGCUGAUUCAUUAACUAUAGAUGAAAGAAAUAGUUUCAGGGAAACCAUUCAAAAUGAAUUUCACAAAUAUGGAUUUAAUAUCUAUCCAUAUGAUUCCAGCGAUUUAAGUCAAGAAGAAAUAGAACUGAAUGAAAAUAUAAGGUCUGUAAUUCCUUUUGCAGUAGUUGGUUCAGAAAAGGAAAUUGAAGUAAAUGGUGAAAAAUUCAGAGGUAGAAAGACACGUUGGGGAGCAAUUAAUAUCGAAGAUGUUGAACAAUGUGAAUUUGUUUAUCUAAGAGAAUUUCUAAUGAGAACACAUCUACACGAUUUAAUAGAAUCCACAGCCUUCAUACAUUAUGAAGCAUUCAGAGCUAGACAAUUAAUAGCAUUGAAAGAAAAUGCUAGCAAUCGUAACUCAGCACCAAUGGCUCAACGUUAA